UGCUAAUGUUGCACAAAUAAUAAAUGUAAUUGCUGGCGUUCACAACGUUGUAAAAGCCACUAUUAAAGCAGUGCCGUUGCGAAAUUAUUAUCAUCCGACCGGGCUACAGUUUCAGGGUGGCAUUAUAUUUCCAAUUGCGGGCUCAAAGUUCCACUCUUGGCGCAUUCAGUAGCAAAGUGUGUACGAAGAGGACCGUCGCCGAAGUUAAUACAACAUACCGAAUAUACGAAUAGGAGUUAUGGUAAUGGAGGCGCCACGAAGUCUACGUAAACCUUUAAUUGUUCCGCACAAAGUUCUAAUGGGACCGGGACCAUCUAAUUGCCCGCCGCGCGUUCUUCACGCAUUAAGUCAACCGGUCCUGGGACAUCUGCACACUGAAACCACCAAGAUCAUGGACGAGAUCAAAGAAGGCAUACAGUACAUUUUUCAAACACGCAACGAGCUUACACUAGCCCUCAGCGCUUCCGGUCACGGCGGCAUCGAGGCCGUCAUGUGUAAUCUUUUGGAACCGGGCGAGAAGGUCCUCAUUGCCACCAACGGAAUUUGGGGUGAUCGUGCCGCCAACAUGGCCCAGCGAUACGGUGCAAAUGUGAUCCAAGUCAAGACUCAACCAGGGAAUAAUUUCACGUUAGAACUUUUGGAGAAUGCGCUCAUGAAACACAAGCCGGUGUUACUGUUCAUCGUACAAGGAGAAAGUUCGACAGGGGUUUAUCAGCCUUUGGACGGCUUGGGUGAGAUUUGCCAUAGGUACAAUUGUCUAUUGGCAGUGGAUACGGUAGCAUCACUGGGUGGCGUUCCAGUGAAGGCGGAUGAGAUUGGCAUCGACGCUAUUUACACUGGCUCGCAAAAAGUUUUAGGUGCACCACCGGGAAUCACUCCAAUUUCUUUCAGCGAAAGAGCUAAGCAGAAGCUUUUCAAUCGGAAGACCGAGGUUAAAGUUUACUAUUUGGACAUGAAAAUUUUAGGCGAUUAUUGGGCGUGUUUCGAUAAGAAUCGCCCACGUGUGUAUCAUCAUACGAUAUCGACUACGCUCUUAUACGGCCUGCGCGAAGCAUUAGCCAUGGUCUGCGAGGAAGGCAUGAACAGUGUGAUCGAGCGCCAUCAAAAGUGCGCCGACCAGUUGUACAAGGGCCUGGAACGAAUGGGCCUGGAAUUGUUCGUCGGCGAUAAGCUCAAGCGCUUGCCCACCGUGACCACGAUUCAGGUUCCCAACGACGUUGACUGGAAGGAUGUCACCGCGUACGCCAUGAAAACAUAUCUGCUGGAAAUCAGCGGGGGAUUAGGUCCAACGGCUAAUAAAGUAUUCCGUAUCGGGCUUAUGGGAUAUAACGCCACACCCGAAAAGGUUGAUUUAGUGCUGGAAAUAUUAAAGGAAAGUUUAGACUAUUCCAGAAAACAUCCAAAAGCAAAACUUUAAAUCACUUAUUAUUAUUUUUUCCUUUAAAUAUGCUUUUGCUCGCUGUUAUUUUGUUUUAUUACUAGUUGAUUUAAAAAAUAUUAUGAAACGUCAGAAAAAUGUCUGAAAUAAACACUGCUUGUAACUGCAAUUAUAAA